AUUACCUCUCCUUCCUUUCACACAGACAAUUGCUUGAAUUAGGCAAAUCCAAGCCCUGGACUCAAGCACUAGAAAGUGCAACAGGAGAAAAAUACAUGAAUGCUACACCCCUGCUCCACUACUUUGAGCCUUUAUUUAACUGGCUGCAAAAGAACAAUUCUGGCAGAUCCAUUGGCUGGAAUACAGAAUGGAAACCAUAUUCUGACAAUGCCAUCAAGGUACGCAUCAGCUUGAAAGCAGCACUGGGAGAUAAUGCGUAUGUGUGGGAUGCAAAUGAGCUUUUCUUGUUCAAGUCAUCCAUUGCCUAUGCCAUGAGGAAAUACUUUGCAGAGGUGAAGAAACAAAAUGUUGACUUCCAGGUUACAGACAUUCAUGUUGGGGAAGAAACGCAAAGGGUCUCCUUCUACCUUACAGUCAGCAUGCCAGGUAAUGUCAGUGAUAUCGUGCCCAGAGCUGACGUGGAAAGUGCCAUCAGGAUGUCUCGGGGACGAAUCAGUGAGGCUUUCAGACUGGAUGACAACACGCUGGAGUUUGAGGGCAUAGUACCAACCCUGGCCACGCCUUACGAACCACCAGUCACCAUCUGGUUAAUUCUGUUUGGGGUGGUCAUGAGUCUGAUUGUCAUUGGAGUUAUUGUCUUGAUCAUCACUGGUCAGAGAGAUAGAAGAAAGAAAGCAAGAGAAAGAGCAAAUGAAGCAGGAUCAAACUGUGAAGUGAACCCUUACGAUGAAGAUGGAAGAAGCAACAAGGGUUUUGAGCUAUCUGAAGAGACACAAACAUCCUUUUAGAAGACAUGCUAGCUUGUUUUUGUUUUGUUUUGUUUUUCAUUUCACUUGUAAGAGUGGUGUCUAGCAAGGACCAAAAAACUAUGGAUGUCGUCAGACACAAUGACUUUGGGUGGGCAAUGGUUAUUUAAUCUGCUGCUUAUGUGGUAACUAGAAAACAUGCAAAAAUGCAAGACCUUCAUGUCCUGUGGCUUUUCUAUGAAUUGUUUUCAUGAUAGUACACACUAUCUGUGCUACUUUUCAUAGGUGUGCUACAUCCCAUUUAUCUUUGUUUCCUCUGUAAUGAGAUAGAAAAUCUUGAAGUAUAGAGUUGCAUAUAGCUGAAGACAGAUGAGAGUAACUCACAUACUUGUGAUGCCCCUGAGGAAUAUCUUGCCAGAUGAAGAGCUCAGAAGUCUAUCUAACAGACAAGAGAAAAAAAAAAUGGCCACCAGAAGAAUCUUGGUGAUGAACUCAGUUUGGUAUGAAUUAAGAGCAGUUUUUGCACCUUCAGGAAUCUGUGUCAACGUAUAAUGCAUGCUGAAUGAUGACUAGCAAGCACUGGAACUUUGUUAAGAGGCUGUAACGUAAGUUAUUUUUUUUAACUAGUUGCUGGGUAAGUACUGUAAAAGCCAAAUAGUGUACGUUCCCUCAUAAAUAAAUAAAUAUAUAAAUAAUC